UGGAACGUCAAUUAAAUAUCAGUUUAAGAAAGGACUAUCGUGCUUUAAUGGAAGAAGAUGAACAUGGAAUUAACCAAUUCUCAAAAUGAUUUAUGUGUUGUCUUCCACGGAUUUAUUUUAUACUUUGAUAAUUCUGUGGUGGAGCAUUGCACGUGGCGGUUUAACCUCCGCUCGCUGUUGGCAGUAUGAUUCUGUUUCGGAAGUGUGUGGUGAUAAUUUUUAAGUGUUUAAGUUCAGCCGGCCCCGCUGUUUUUUUGGUAUCGGUCAAAAUCGUUUUUUGCUAGCUUAGCAAAUUUUGGUUAUAUUUCUUCUUUGUACGUGUCGGUCAUUGACCAAAAGCGAAAACCCUAGACGCAAGUCGGCAAUGGACAAAUGAUCCUAGCAGUUUCGCCCAACAGUUAUUGUGAAACGUAUUGUACUAUUAAACUUGAAUUGGUUUUUAAAAUGUUAUUCGAAAUUUUGAAAUAUAGGUGCUAGCUUAUUGAACGCAAUAUUCUACCCUUAGAAGAAAUUAACCGAAACAAGAAGAUCCAACUACAGAAAUGAACUCAGGGACUAGUGAUCCAUUAAGAAAUCAUCCACCGGGGACAAGCCACUUGCUUAAAUCUGCUCUUUUAAACGACAACAUUGCAGAAAGGACUCAAAAUUCUCUGUCAAACAGUUGUGUUCCACAAAAACUUGUAACAAUUGGCAAUCAUAUUAAUGCAGGAUCUUUGGUAUUUGCUGAGCCUAUCAACUAUAUAAGUAGAGCAGAACAGUUUAGUUUGGUGAAUCAGACAAAUAAAGGCGAGAGUGACGCAAAAGUGGAAAACAGAGAAGAUGUUAUUGAAAUAAAAUAUGAACCUUUGUUAGAUGAUGAUGAGGAUGAUAUGCCUAGCCAAGAAGAAACUGAGAUCAUAAUUCCUAAUACCACAAUCUCAUGUGGCAAAAAUCAACACGUUAAAAAAAUAACCAAAACCGCACCACCAAAAGGAGAAGUGGUUAAUCAGGUACAAAUAAUAUUCAUUCCGUCAGACAAGGAUAGUCCAAAAGAGAGACUACUAAAGAGACAACUACAAGAACUGGCUGAGAUAGAUCUAUUGAAAUCUAAAAGAAUCCGGCUGUUGCAAAAUCUUGUAUGGAGGCAAAAAAAAGAAAUCGAACAACUUAAACAAAAAAACAACAAUAUAAGUUAAAAUAUUUAGCAAAAUAUGUGAUAUAUUUUUAAAGUUAAAUAAAUGUUCAUUUUAAGCACUA